AUGGAUUCAUAUGAUAAACUCAAGCCGUACGGCAUUGCAAUUAAUGGUUGCAUUGACGGCUUCAGUCGGUUUGUGUUGUGGAUGGAAGCGUACAAUACAAACAGUGACCCCAAAGUUAUUGCCGACUACUACAUUUCCACUGUAACCCGCAUGGGGGGUUGUCCCGAGCGACUGCGCGCCGACCCAGGAACGGAAAAUGGACACGUCAAAGACAUGCAAAUUUUCCUGCGCAGAAACCACACGGACAGUUAUGCAGGAGAGAAAAGUUUUAUGUAUGGAUGCAGCACGGCAAAUCAACGCAUAGAAGCAUGGUGGGGCAUCCUGCGUAAACAAAGUGGACAACUUUGGAUGGACAUCUUUCAGACCCUCAAAGGCGAUGGGCAUUUCUCUGGUGAUUUCUUGGACAAAAAUCUUAUGCAGUUCUGCUUCUUGAACCUUGUCCAGAAUGAGCUAGAUGAAGUUGUGAGAACAUGGAACACCCACCAAAUAAGACCACGACCAGGCCAGGGAUUGCCCGCAGUUCGCCCAGUUCUGAUGUUCGCUUUGCCAGAAAUUCAUGGUGCAACAGAAGACAAGCUCAAAUCUGUUUGUCCUGAAGAAGUAGCAUCUUGCAAAGAGGAGUGCUCCCCAAAGGGGCAAUACCCCUGUGACAAGACUGUAUUUGAGCUCUGUGUACUUCUUAUGGAAGAAAAAGGAUUAACUGCUCCUGUGGACCCAUACCUUGCAGCUGAACUGUACACUCUGUUAAGAAAUGAGAUACUAGAGAAUAUCUAG